AUGUCGGCGCUUCUGGCAAUUUACUCCGAGGACACGACCCAGGAGCUGCUACUGAAGCCAGUAUCCAACGCUAAAAUGUUCGACCGUUGCUCGGCUAAAUUACUCAAACUGGGAAUCAUCCACAGCGCCAGCGCAUGCCGACUAAACAUUAAGAAACUCCGGCAAGACUACAAAAAGAUUAAAGACCAUAAUAAUAAGAGUGGUAACGACCGGAAGACCAGUAAAUGGGACGAGCGCUUGGAUGAUCUGCUCGGCAUCGACUUUCGAUUCGGGCACAAUGGUGUGGGAGGCCGCUCUAACGGAGGAUUCAGUGGCCAACGACGACGACCAAGACGAAGGCGAGGCUGGACAACUAUCGGGCUUGGAAACAAGCGUGCUUCCGCUCGAGAUUGCAACAGCAGCCGUUGCUCGUCCCCCUAUCCACAAACCAAACGCAAAGGAAAGCGGGCACGGGACGAGAAUUUUUUGGACACCGUCGAGGCGAUGGAGACCUGGCGUGCGGUGGUCAAAGACACUAUGCACGUGGAGCAGAUGGCCCAGUUAAGCAAGGCCCAUGAAAUGGAGGACAAGACGCUCAUGAUGAUGGAGCGCCAUGCGGAAGUGUUGACGCGGCAGGUGGAGCACCAGCAGCGCCAGGAUGAAGUGUCGGCGCGGCACCAGGAGCACCAGGAUGAAGUGUCGGCGCGGCGCCAGAAGCGCCAGGAGCGCCAGGAUGAAGUGUCGGCGCGGCGCCAGGAGCACCAGGAUGAAAUGUCGGCGCGGCGCCAGGACCGCCAGGAUGAAGUGUCGGCGCGGCGCCAGGAGCGCCAGGAUGAAGUGUCGGCGCAGCGCCAGGAGCACCAGGAUGCAACACGUCCUUUGCCGGGUUUCCUGCCAACACCAUCCUGUUGGGGGUCCCGCCGACACCAGCCCUUGCUCCGUCGGGGGUAGCGCUGACACCAGUCCAUGUUCCGUCCAGGGUCCCGUCUACGCCUGACCCACCAGAGGUUCCACCAGCUCCUGCUCUCGAUCCCAGUGCUCUGACGAUCCAGCUGACAAUGGAGGGGUCCCAUCGCGGCCUAUGCCGUCUUCCUGCCCGUCCUCC